AUGGCCGAUGAAUCUACGAAAUUGAUAUUGAAGACAAGUUUCAAGUCCAUCAAAACAAUUGAAUCAAUCUAUAAUGGUGGCAAGGUUGAGAUUACUCAGGAUUCAAAAUACUUGAUUUCAACACUUAGCGAGGAUAUUAUUGUUACUGAACUUGCAACAGGAAAGCAAGUUCAUCAAUUAGAAGGCGAUACUGAACUGGUGACCACCAUGGCUGUUAAGCCCAAUGGAAAGCAUCUAGUCAGCGCUAGUCGAAGCUUAUUCAUAAGAAUUUGGGAACUUGAAAAGGGAGAAUGUGUCCGAACGUUCAAGGCACAUGAUUCUGCACCUGUGAUUGUCAUGGAUAUCGAUGAGACAUCAACCUUGGUAGCUACCGGUUUUGCAGAUGGUUCCGUCAAAGUGUGGGAUAUUGAUAAGGGUUACUGUACACAUAACUUUAAAGGACACGGAGGCGUUAUCAGUGCUCUCAAGUUCCACAAGCAUGAAGGCAAAUGGUAUCUUGCGUCAGGUGCAGUCGACUGUCAAGUGAGAAUUUGGGAUUUACAAUCAAGAAACAGUGUAGCCGUAUUGAAGAGUCAUGUCAGUGUUAUCCGUGGUCUUGACUUUUCUGCAGAUGGUCAGUACCUUAUAUCUGGUUCUCGCGAUAAAGUUGUGAACGUAUGGGACUGGAAAGCAAAACAGCUUAGGGCCACAUAUCCCAUUUUUGAAACGAUUGAAACAGUUGGAUUUGUUGAAAAGAAUGAGGAAGUGACGGCCAAGUUUGGCAGUGAAUACGCUCAAUCCGACAUCUUUUAUACUGCAGGCGAUUCAGGACUUGUCAAGCUGUGGGAUAUGAAGACUGGAAAAUUGAUCAAGGCACAAGAACCCGAAAAGAAUAGUCAGCAUACGAUUACAGACGUUGUAUAUAUCAAAAGCGCUAGAGUUUUAGCAGUCGUGACCAAUGAUCAAAAUAUUCUCAUGUACUCUCUGGAACAACAACUUGAACGUGUAAAGCAGAUUGUUGGUUAUAAUGACGAAGUUGUUGAUGUUGCUUAUGUGGGAGAAGAUGAGACAUACUUGGCAGCAGCUACCAAUAGUGCCCAAUUAAGAAUAUACAAUGUCGAAACACAAGACUGUGAUUUACUGUAUGGACACACAGACAUGAUCAUUUCUUUGGAUAGAUCAAGAGAUGGUACGCUUCUUGUCACAGCAUCUAAAGAUAAGACAGCACGUCUCUGGAAGAUUGAUACAGCACAAGAAGAUCAUAAGAAGAAAUAUAUGCCUGCAGGUGUAUGUGUUGGACAUACAGAAUCAGUAGGUGCAGUUGCAUUAUCUAGAAAAUCAAAGACUUUUAUGAUCACAGGAAGUCAAGAUAGAACAAUAAAGUACUGGAACUUGAGAGAGAUGGAUUUGGAUAACCCAGACGAAAACUUUAAACCCAAAUCAUUAUACACUCAUCAAGCACACGAUAAAGACAUCAACACCAUUUGCGUUGCUCCCAAUGAUAAAUUCUUUGCAACUGGUUCACAGGAUAAGACAGCCAAACUUUGGAACGUGGACACGGGAGAACUGGUUGGUACCAUGAAAGGUCACAAGCGUGGUGUUUGGUGUGCACGAUUCUCUCCUGUAGACCAGGUCUUGGCUACAAGUUCUGGUGAUAAGACAGUCAAGAUAUGGAAUUUAAAAGACUUCACAUGCUUAAAGACAUUUGAAGGCCAUACUAACUCAGUCCUUCGAGUUGAGUUUUUGACAGCUGGUAUGCAAUUAGUGUCUGCCGCUUCAGAUGGUCUGGUGAAAGUGUGGACAAUCAAGACAAACGAGUGUGCGGCUACACUUGAUAAUCACACUGAAAAAGUGUGGGCUUUGGCUAUUCGAAAAGACGAAAAGUUUGUAGUAUCUGCAGGUGCUGACUCUGUUGUUAAUUUCUGGGAAGAUGUCACUUUACAAGAACAAGAAGAAGAGUUGAAAGAAAAAGAAGAAUUGAUUAUCAAGGAACAAGAAUUGCAAAACUUUAUGCGCAAGAAAGAUUAUCUAAAUGCUAUUCUAUUGGCAUUAUCGCUAGAACAGCCUUACCGUUUACUACAUCUAUUCAAGGAAGUUUCUGAAUCCAGACCAGAAGGGGACCAGAGCAUUACUGGAUCAGAAAAUGUAGAUAAAAUCCUUGCAGAAUUAUCAAUCGAAAAUAUCGAAAAAAUGCUAAAGUACAUCCGAGAUUGGAACACAAAUGCAAAACAUUCAGAUGUAGCACAAACAGUAUUGAAUGCCAUUUUAAUGUCGCGUAGCGCAGAAGAAAUUGUUGAAAUACCAUCUGCUAAAGAGAUCAUUGAUGGUCUGUUACCGUACACUGAUAGACACUAUCAACGUAUAGACGACCUUAUAACCCAAUCAUUUAUUAUAGACUACACUUUGCAAGCACAACAGUAA